AUGACUACACCAUUAUCUAUAAUCGCCUCCGUCGCCACAUUUGCAAUAGGUAAGGGAGAAGAGAAGGGCAUGUUUAUAAGUAAGUGUUUAGAUAGGGUUUUUUGGUACAAAAAUGUGGAAGGACUUGGGGUGAUGAGGAGCAAGCCCAAGUUUUCGGUGGCCGCAUUAAUGGUUGAGAAGGUGAACAUUAAUAAGCAUGAUGAUGAUGAUGAUGAUGAUGAUGAUGACGACGACGACGACGCCGACGAAAACGAUGAUGUUGAUGAGGAUGAUUUUGAUCCAAAAUGUGACCAUCCAUUAAAAAAGUUUAUAUCACCAACUGGGGUUGACACAAGUGGUGAAACAAGCGUUGAAAAAACUGGAUUAGAUUUCGGUGAUCAGAUCACUCUUUUGAGCAAUAAGAGUUAUAAGGCUCGCAGACUUUCUUACAUGCCAUUGACGCCAAUUCAGCACAUGACCAUUGCUAGAAAUCCAAAUAGGGCAACAAUUCUUGAUCACAUUAAGAAAAUCACAGAAAAGUGGGUACGACUCCAUGUAGAUGAUGGAGAAGGUUAUGAUGAUCCAGCAAUUGUGACUGCUUUAGGGAGCAUUGAAUCUCAAACUUACAUGUUCAUUGGUCACCGAAGGAACACAAAGCAGAAUUCUAAUAGAUGCAAAAAGGCUUUGCAAAUGAUGAAACAUGCUGAACAGUUUGGUUUCCCCAUUGUCACUUUUGUCGACACAACAGGUUCUUUUGCUGAUUUGAAAUCGGACGAACUUGGCCAAUUGCUGCUUGAUGAAGCAAUAUCACAAGAUUUAAGGACAAUGUUUGCCUUGAAAGUUCCAAUUAUAACAAUAGUGACUGGCGAAGGUGGUUCUGCUGUGGAAGCUGAAAAGGUGAACUUUGUCGCUCAAGAACAAUAUUUCAGGCUAAGGGUUGCAGGUCAUGUCAUUCGGGACCCUGAUGAUCAUUCUUUCGGAAUUAGAUUGGCCAUUAUUAAGGCUAUGGAGGAAUUAAGAAUAGUGAAUCCUGAGGAGCUGAUGCACCACCGUAUGCUCAAGUUUCGGAAAGUUGGAGAAGUUGGUUUCUACAAAAAAGAAGAUGGCAGUCAAGUAGAAGCAGAGAAGCAGAUUAAUGAAGCCAUCUCAGCUAAAUGCGCUCAAGACUUGUGGGGUAGAAUCUCAGCUUGA